AUGGUGUUGGCUAUAGGUUUGGCGGUUGGAGUGCUGGUGUUUGUGUUGGUUUCUGUUUUGGGAGGAAUGGGGUUGGCUAUGGCUUGGUCGGUUGGAUUGGCUCUGGCUUUGGUGUUGAGGAAGGGUUUUGGCUUUGGCUUGGUGGUUGGUUUUGGUGUUUUGUUCGGUGUUGGGAGAAAGGGUGCUCUUGUUGGGUUGGGCUGUUGGAGUGGUGUUGGCUUUGGUGUUGGUUUUGGUGGUGGGAGGAAGGGUGCUCUUGUUGGCUGGGGCUGUUGGAGUGGUGUUGGCUUUGGUGUUGGUUUCGGUGUUAGGAGGAAGGGUGCUCUUGUUGACUGGGGCUGUUGGAGUGGUGUUGGCUUUGGUAUUGGUUUCGGUGUUGGGGGUUAUGGUGUUCUUGUUGGCGGGGGAU